AAAACGAAGUUUUUUUCAAGGACAAAAUUGGAAAUUCAGAGGGAUAAAAGAUUCACGGAGGUGGGGAGAUAAAACAUCAAACAGGCUAGAGAAAAAUCCAACUUAAAUUAAUAAUUGGGCCAUGAAUAGGCCCAGAAAGAAAGGCCGAAUAGGCCCGUGAUUACCACCAUCGUCAUCGUCAUCAUAAAACACACUUCGACAGUACAUUAGGGUUGCAGCACCAACCGUCACCGAAGAAGUGAAUUUUUUCGCCGCGCCUCCUCAUCCACACACACAACUUGUAACCAUGAUCAUUUCCGAGAAAAAUCGUAGAGAGAUCUCCAAAUACCUCUUCCAAGAGGGAGUUUGUUAUGCAAAGAAGGAUUACAAUCUUGCAAAGCAUCCAGAUAUUGAUGUACCAAAUCUGCAAGUGAUUAAGCUCAUGCAGAGCUUCAAAUCAAGGGAAUAUGUUAGGGAAACUUUUGCUUGGAUGCACUAUUACUGGUUUCUUACCAAUGAUGGAAUUGAGUUCCUUAGGACUUAUCUCAAUCUUCCAUCUGAGAUUGUGCCAGCUACUUUGAAGAAACAGGCUAAGCCAGCUGGCGCAAGGCCAUUCGGCGGUGAUCGCCCUAGGGGUCCACCUAGAUUCGAGGGAGAAAGGAGAUUCGGUGGUGACCGUGAUGGUUAUCGUGGAGGUCCUAGAGGACCUGGUGGUGAGUUUGGUGGAGAAAAGGGUGGAGCUCCAGCCGACUAUAGACCUUCUUUCGGGGGUCCUGGUGGAAGACCUGGCUUUGGCCGUGGUUCUGGUGGCUUUGGAGCUCCAACUAGUUCCAAUGAUGCUUAAAUGUAACGGUUUUCUGCUCCGACUGAUGCAAUUUUGGCUGUCAUUAGACUCUAGUAUUUCCCCUCUACUAAAAGUUGUUUAUCUCCAAUAUUUUAUUUCAUUUAAUAUUCUGUUAUUCGUACAAUGAGGAUUUUGAAUGAGUGGUUUUCCUAAGUAGGAUGGUGAUUUUGUUAAUGUCUGGAUGCUGGAUCAUGCCUGUGUAAUUUUCAUACAAUGAGGAUUUUGAACGUGUCUGUAAUUUAUCAUA